UCUUUUACGCUCGCUCCGGACCCGAUUCCACAUUCUCAUCAUCCGACACCUUCACUUCCACCACCAAAGUCGUGAACAGCCCGGGGUAUCCGGGCGCUGCCUCGCUGCCCAAGCAUGGCUCCGGCAUUCACACGCCUCCUUCGUCGGCAAUACGAGGACUGCACGAUCACAGAAGAUGGGUACCUCGACGGGGACAAUUGCUAUAUCCCUUUUUGGGCUACAAGAACAGGUGUCAUCGUCAAGUGGUCGCUCUUCCUCGGCAUCAUAGCUCUCAUCAUCCUCUAUUUCCUGGUUGCCUACAUACACCUUAAACAGAGGUUACGGAAGGGGCUGCCACCUCUCGGUUAUCACCGAUUCCUCGUUUCCGGCGUAACGCUUGCCCAAGUUGAUCCUCGCUACCGACCUCCCCCACCGAACAACUUUACCUACGACCCUGCCGAGCGGUACUACGACAUGUAUGCCAUGCCGCCGCCUGUUUACGACCCUAAUGCGCCACGGCCGCCCAAGUACGAACCUCCAGCCAACUCCACGAAGGUUGAGCCCAACCAGCCGCAAGGGGCCCAACAAGGUCAGCAGCAGGCUGGGGAGUCUGCUGCGUAUGGGCCACCGCCUGGUCCGCCGCCAGCUCCCAGCCAGCCUCAGGACGACUAUGCACCGCCACCAGGACCGCCGCCGAAUGCUCUCCAGCCUCAGAGUUCUGCUAAUCCCAAUGCUUCCCGGGACUGAAAGGAGAAGUAAAAGAGGGCUGCAAUUCACAAGACGAGCGAAGUGUCAGAACCGCAGCAGUAGCUCACUGGUCGGGAAAACAGUGGCGGUCCGAUUUGGCCUUUAAGAGAGCAUCAGUGGAGUGAAUGAAUAGUACCAGCUCUGGAGGUUGACAUUAGCAGUAACCCUCCGGCGUCGGACUCAGGAACGGAAGCACGCAUCCUGCAUUGCUUAGAAAUUAGAGUACAAAUGACCGAAAGGCCUGAGUAGUC